AAAAAGGUUCAGAUGUUUGACUUUUCAUUUUAUUCUCAUUAGAACCACUCAGUAGUUUUUGACAUUUGUUUUGUUGUCAUUCUGCUUUACAAUAAAAUUUAUUAACCUGUAAAUUGUGAACACUGAAUCAAGUAAAUAGUUAACAGAAAACAUCCCAAUGGACUUGUGUAACCAAGCAGAAUUACUGAAGCCUGGAGGAAUUAAUGAAGCAAUGACUAAUGCUAAUGAAGGGAGAAACAACUUACCUUCACGUUUGGGCAUGUGUGAAGUUUGCUCUGCCUUGCCGAGUCGUUAUACUUGCCCUAAAUGUGAAGUGAAAACUUGUUCCCUAAAUUGCGUUACAAUACACAAAAAAGAGUUAUCUUGUAAUGGCAUACGUGAUCGAACUAAAUUUGUAGCUCUCAAACAAAUGACGAAACUGGAUUUUAUGAGCGAUUAUUACUUUCUGGAAGAAUGCACUCGUUACGCACAGAAUCGUAAAACAGAUAUUAUUAAACGUUAUACUACUUAUAACCGUGAUUUGCCUAUACACUUGAACCGCUUGCGUCAAGCUGCACGACGAAGAACCACGAAUUUAAAAUACUUACUUCAAAAUUUUUUAAGGCAUCGUGAAAACACCACUUACUACUGCUAUAAGGAGAAAAAAAUUUUUUGGCGAAUAAAAUGGAUUUUUAUUAAUGCCAAUGAAAACGGUAAAAUCGUAUGUUACAUUGAUGAACGUUGUGAUGAGGAAAAAUAUCUAUGGGAACUAUUAGAUAAAUACGUAAAUCCUAACUGCUUAGAACUAGUGCCCGAGAAAAGGAUUUUAGAAUAUUAUCAAAGUAAGGGAAUGCAAAACAUUAAGGUUAUGUUAAAAGCUGAAGAAGUUAAACGCAGUCGUAAUCGUUAUUAUUUACUGAAUGUUAAUCAAACCUUAAAGGCGAAUUUGGCGAAAAGAACUAUUGUGGAGUAUCCUUUAGUUUAUAUUAGUUACGAAGAAUUGCCUGAAGGUUUAGAUAUCAUUGACAGUGAUGAUGACAUUGAAGAAGAAACUAAGCAACAUCGUUUAAAUCUACAAAAAAUGUGGAAGUCUUCAUUGCAUGAAGAACAAGAAACAAACAUGGAAGAUUCCAACCCAGCUCAUGACAUUGUUUCAGAAAAAGAGAAAAAGCAAACACGUAAAAAGGAACGUUUUCGUAAGCUCGAAAUUUAUGAAAAGACAUCCAACAAUUACCUAUUUACUGAUGAAAAACUAAUGGAAGCUUUAUCUUCAUCUACCGACUGUGAAGAGGAUUAAAAGCAAGUGAAAUCAGGUUAGCAGAGAUUUGUGUGUUAGAGUAAAAAAGUCUUUUUAUUUAAUAUGUUUAGUUUUUAUUAACCUAAAGGAAAUUC